UAUGAAUGGGGUUUAGAAGAGACAUGGUAUUGUUGCACUUGAUUGGAUAGACAAAAAAGGUUGCGUAAAUGGAGAUUAGUAUAGUUUAUAAUAAAGUUACGUAAUUAAAUAGUUAAAACUUAAUCAUGAAUCUCCCACAUGCAAAUAGAUCAACUGUCACACACGCGCACACACCAAGAAAGCACCAUGGAGCUAGCGAAGUCACAUUCAAUAUAUUCACACUUUUGCUUGGUUCCACUCUUCUUUAUAAAAGACAACAAACAACACAUGUUCCUCUGACAGAACAACAACAGAACACAAAAAUAAACUUUGUAGUAAGAGCAACAUUAUCGGGCGGCCCUUGGCCCGUCCCGAACACUAUUUGGGCUAAAAAGAAAAUCAAAAAGAAAAGAUUUUGUUUGGUCCGGGCCUUAAUUAAGGUCUUUUUUGACGCGUCCCGUGAGCAACGUGGCAGCACAGGAGAGGGAGAUGUAAACGAAGUCGAUGAAACCUAUUCCGUGUGUUUCUCCUCUUUUGUCGAAACUGAAGCGAAAUCGAUUCACCGCUGUCGAUCUGAUUCGCCUCAAUCCGCUUCUCCUCGAUCCGUUUCUCUUCGCUCUGUUUCCUCUCCGACAUCGAUUCAGUCCACCUCCGAACAGUUUCCUUUGGACAUCGAUUCAGAGUCGACCCAAACUUGGGAAGGUAGACAUAAACAUGGGACUCCACAGCUACAGCCAGCCUUCGCAGUCUGACGAUAUAUUUUGCAACUCAGAGGACGGUAGCUUCAGCGAGAUGGAAGAUCUCAUUCGACGUGACCAAGCUGAGUUAAGCUUACACGCUAGUUCACAGGUUCAGUAUCCUCCUCAACCAGAGGUUGAGUUUGGCAUCCCACAAACUUGUUACUGCGGUGCUAAGCCUCUCCUUGCAACAUCUCGGACUGAUCCAGGUUAAGUAAAAUCUCGUCUAGUCUUGUAAAGGGUAAUCACCUCCUGAUAUACUGUCUUCUUCAUAGUCUUGCGUGUGUGUUCACCACAGGUAGACGAAUCUACACAUGUGAGAACGUGGACGAUGGAGAGUGCCAUGUUUGGAAAUGGUGGGAUGAAGCCAUGAUGGAAGAGAUGCGAGCCCGAGAUCGACAUGUGAUUCAGCUAGAGGAAAAGGUGGACAAUCUUUCACUUUGCAGUGACAUCGAGACUGACCAGCGACUGGUUAGAGUUGAGAAAAUGGUGGGUGAUAUAGGAAAGGAACAAUCCAAGCUUAGGCUGGGAUUUGAGUACUUUGUAAGUGCAAUGAUUGUGGUGACAGUUUUACUUGGAAUUGUGCUGAUGGUUAAGUAAAUGAAGAUGGUGAUG